AGCGGCCCAACCUCUAACCGCCAAUAGUUUUCUAUACUCUUCUGCUAAGCUGAGCCAUUUAUACCCCCUCUCUCCCCCAAUUCCUCUUCUCAUAGUCAUCCGAGAGGCCUUCUCUCUCUAGCGACGGCCAUGGUGCAGCAGCAACAGCAGCACAGAAUCUACAUCUUGCAGUUCAGGAAGGGCGAGCCGGAGCAGGAGGUGGCAUGCAAGGUGUCGCAGCCCAAGGGCGCCGGGCGGCGGGUCAUGUACUACUACCAGGACUACGGCAGCGGUGGGGGCAAGAGCGGCAAGCAGGUGCAACCCAGGGCUCUCGGCCUGCGGCGCUUCUUGGCCAUGCUCCUGCUCUCCUUCCUCUGCGUGGGGACGCUGUUCGUGGCGCCCGUGUCCUUCCUCUCUUUCGUGCAUAGCGACGAAGGCGGCGCGGCGGCGGGAGCGGGGACGGGGGCGGUGGCGACGGCCGCGGCCGCGCGUGGCGCGGUGUCCGGACCGUGCUCGUCCGUGGGGAACGACAGCUUCUGCUGCGACCGCACGUCGGAGCGCGCGGACAUCUGCUUCGCCAAGGGGGACCUGCGCAUGCACUCGGCGAGCGCGUCGUUCCAGCUCGUGUCCGCCGGCAACUCGACGGCGGCGGCGGAGGAGGAGGAGGAGCGGAUACGGCCGUACACGCGCAAGUGGGAGGCGAACGUGAUGGCGACGAUCGACGAGGUGCGGCUGCGGCGCGUGGUCCCCGGCGACGCCGCGCGGUGCGACGUGCGGCACGACGUGCCGGCCGUGCUCUUCUCCACCGGCGGGUACACGGGCAACGUGUACCACGAGUUCAACGACGGCAUCCUGCCGCUGUUCGUGACGGCGCACCACCUCCGGCGGCGCGUGGUGCUGGUGAUCCUCGAGUACCACGACUGGUGGAUGACCAAGUACGGCGACGUGGUGUCCCAGCUGUCGGCGUUCCCGCCGAUCGACUUCACCGCCGACCGCCGCGUGCACUGCUUCCCCGAGGUGAUCGCCGGGCUUCGCAUCCACGGCGAGCUGAGCGUGGACCCGGCGAGGACGCCCGAGGGGAAGAGCAUCGGCGACUUCCGCAGGCUCCUGGACGACGCGUACCGCGGCCGCAUCGAGUUCCUGGAGCGCCUGGAGCGGCGCACGGCUCGGAAGCGCCUGCGCCUGCACCGCCACCGCCGCGGCGCCGUGGUGCCCCGCGCGCCGCCAGGUCCGAGUCACGCAGACGACGACCGCCGGCCCAGGCCCAGGCUGGUGAUCGUGUCGCGGACGGGGUCCCGCGUGAUCGAGAACGAGGCCGACCUGGCGGCACUGGCGGCGGACGUCGGGUUCGACGUGCGCGUGAUCCGUCCCGACCGCACCACGGAGCUGUGCAAGAUAUACCGGGAGCUGAACGCCAGCGACGCCAUGAUCGGGGUGCACGGCGCCGCCAUGACGCACUUCCUGUUCAUGCGGCCCGGGAAGGUGUUCAUCCAGGUGGUUCCGCUGGGCACGGACUGGGCCGCCGGCGCCUACUACGGCGAGCCCGCGGCGCGGAUGGGCCUGCGGUACGUCGGGUACAAGAUCAGCCCCGAGGAGAGCUCGCUGUCCCGCGAGUACCCCACGGGCGACCCCGUGCUGACGGACCCCGCCGGCGUGGCGCAGCGCGGCUGGGACGUGACCAAGAAGGUGUACCUGGACCGGCAGAACGUGCGGCUGGACCUGGCGCGCUUCCGGGAGGAGCUCGUCGGGGCGCACCGGUACCUGAUGGCCGGCGGCGACGGCGGCGGACGGCGGCGGCCGAGAGCGCCCGAGUGAUGAUGUGAUGUGCGUCGGGCGGGUCUGACCGGUCUCGAUUAAAACAAGAACCGCCAGCUCAAUGAACAUCUCCUCUGCUCUAAGCUCUCUGCUCUGCUAUAGUUUUCAUUUCCCACCAUUUCUUUUUCUUUGGUUAUACUGACUUGACCUGACAAUUCUUUGCAUUAGUUUUUGUGUCGUCGUCAUGUACUUGUGAUCCAUAUUCCAUGGUAAAAAAACAAAUCCGAGCUCGCUGUGCAUACAUACAUACUAUACACUCAAUAAAAGAGAAUUGGUUACAUUAA